AUGAGGGAACUGUCACCAGUUUUUGAUAAACCUGAUCACAGUGGCGCCCAACGUGGGGUGACCCCUCAGGCGGGAAAGGAAGAAAUUUCAAAACUCCAAAGAACUAUCGAGAGGCAGGAGAAAUUGAUAGAGAAUUUGGCUGAGCAACAGACAUUAUUGAAAAAAUGGAUUAUGAAACAAGAAGUAGAGGAGGACAAGUUACAAAAGAAUUACAGUUGGAAUAAGGGUGGACUAGUAGCAGCACCAGCUCCAAUUAGAAUACAAAAGAUGAGUUCGACAGAUGACCCAGAGGCUUACUUGCAUACAUUUGAGAGAGUGGCCAUAGUGGCCAGAUGGCCGAAGGAGCAGUGGGCCCUGAUUCUGAUCCCCUGCUUGACAGGGCUGCUACAAGAAGUAAUACAUACCUUGAGCCCUGACGAUGUGGCUCAGUACAAAGUGGCCUCUUUCAUUCAGACGCUCCAGUCCCCCGCCCCGCCCUCGGAUGUACGAGGGAUCUGUUGCCACCCUCCGGCGGAAUUCCCUCUCUUUCUCCCUCAGCCUCGGCGUGGCCGCCACGACACACACCGCAGGGACUACUUUGUACCGGGGCCAAGAUGGGCUUCCUGGAAUACAGGCGUCUUUAUUUGUAUCAGAUGUGCAGGGAUACAUAGAAAUUUGGGGGUUCAUAUAUCCAGAGUCAAAUCUGUCAACCUGGACCAAUGGACACCAGAACAAAUACAGUGCAUGCAGGACAUGGGAAAUACCAAGGCACGGUUACUUUAUGAAGCUAAUCUACCAGAGAACUUUCGAAGACCUCAAACAGAUCAAGCUGUGGAAUUUUUUAUCAGGGAUAAAUAUGAGAAGAAGAAGUACUAUGACAAAAAUGCACUUAGUGUCAUCAAUAUGUCUUCCUCUGAUCCUCCUCAGUCUCUGGCAUCCUCUCCUUCUCUGCAAGCUGCUUCUGAGAAAAGCAAAUCAGAGAAAGAGAAGGAAAAAAAGAAAGAAGAAAAGAAAAAAGACAAAGAACCAGAAAAAACUUCAAAAUCCUUAGGAGCUGAAAAACCUCCAAAGAAAGAGGAUCAGCAAUUGGAAUUUACAGGAAGUCCAAAAAAAGUACCGGAAUCCACUGUUGAUCUUUUAGGGCUUGAUGGUCCUGCUGAUUCCUCUGUCACAAAUGGAAGCAUAGUUACUCCUGCUACAGCACUGAAUGAUGACCUGGAUAUAUUUGGCCCCAUGAUCUCUAAUCCUCUGCCAGCCACUUCUAUACCUCCUUCCCAGACUGCUUCCACCAACCCAGUAGCUGCCACCUUAUCUGCUGCAUCUGGAGAUCUUGAUCUGUUCACUGAACAAAUAAAAUCAGAAGAGUCAGCAAAGAAACUGCUCUCCAAAGACUCCAUCCUGUCACUGUAUGGCACAGGGACUGUGCCACCACAGAAUGCCUCAGGUGUAUUCAUGGGACCACAGACUUUACCCUUUUCUGCACAACCAGCAGCUCAUUUUCAGGGCUUUCCAGCCAUAGGUGUAUCUGUUCCUGUUCCUGCACCCCCUGCCAUGAUGGGAAACAUGAUGGGACAAUCAGUGCCUGUCAUAGGACAGAACGCAGGCAUGAUGGUAGGGAUGGGAAUGCCUAAUGGCUUUCCUGUCACCACACAAACUGCUCCUUUGGGACUUCCUCAGAGUGUUGGUGGACCUCAAGGAACCAUGGUGGGCCAGGUAGCCCCACCACAGAAAUAUGGUAUGCAGCAAAAUCAGCAAACUCAGUGGAAUCUUUCUCAGAUGAAUCAGCAAAUGGCUGGAAUGAAUCUAAGUAGUUCCGGCAAUAUGAUGGGCUUUGUCCAGCCUCCAAAUACUAUGGCAGGAUGGACUGGAACUUCCUCAGGCCAGACUCUCAGCACACAACUCUGGAAAUGAAAACUGCAAUAAGAAAUGAAGACCUGACAUUCCACCGCUUUAAAUGCAUCUAGUUUCCUCGGUCUGUCCAUGUAUAUUUCCCCCUUCAACAAUUUCAGAGAGUUUUUCCUGUUAAGAAGUUAUCUUAACUGACCGUGUUGUGGUCUGUAUUGACUUAAAUUUUGAUGUAGUAAAAAACAGAUCGAGAACACCUAUUCAUCGGCAGAUUUUUUUCAUUCCAUGGUACAUUUGAUUUCAUGAACCAUAUCUUUCAGAAGAGCUACUUGACCAAUUAAAUAUUCAAAUUAUUUUAUCAGUUACAUAUAAAACAUUUCCAUAUAAGGGAAAUAGAUAUCAUGUUACUACUGUCUCUUAAUAUGUAAAUGCCAUCCUGCAAAUUACCCAGUAAUCCUGUAGAAGAUACUGUAUGAACAAAUGUUAAUCAUAUAAAUAAGAGUGUAUAUGUAUCACUGAAGAAUGCUUUUCCUUGUGUAAUAAUUAUUUUGUUUCAUUAUUAUUUUCACUGUGAUAUUACAAUGAUGUGUUGAGCAGGGAAGAAGGUUGUUAGUGAAAGUGAGAUAAACCUGGAUGUCACUGUGACUCCAUCAGUUUCUUUUGUGUUAGCAAACACCUAUUUGAGUCUACUGUCAAAAUACAAAAUUGGGCUAUAACAGCAUGUAAGAAGGACUAAUCUACAAGUAUGCUGCACACCAUGCAUACAAGGUAACUUGCUCAACAGAAUAUUUUAAUUUUGUUUUCCUAUCUGUAUCCAGGUUUAUGCCAGUAAUUGUGUUUACAUUUUAUGGUGCCUCGUAUUGAUAAUCUGUUGCUUCCCUAUAUUAAAGAUUUUCGUAAACAUGUGAUCAUUGCAUUCUGUCAGAUCUGUCUACUGUUAAAAGCAAAGCUGUUUAAUUAAAGAACAAAUAAAUGCUGAACAUCGGUAAUCCAGAAGCCGCAAUUCUAAAUAACUCAUUUAAGUUUUACAUUUUUUAUCAGUAUAUUUGCAUCAUUUCACUGCAUUUCAUCAAACGUGUAAAAACCAUUUAAGUAGUUAAAGUACUAAAACCAACUGGAGAAACACAUGCAAAACAGUGAAGACAAAGAACGCACUUCUUGUGCCAUCUGACAGAAGUCUCUUUCAGCCAGUUAAAAGAAACUUCAGAAUGGCAAUCUGUACAGUCUGAAUGUUUAACUGCUGGAUCUGUAAAUUUUGGCUGUCCAAUUUUAUGCUUCCAGAUCAUACUUCAAUUCUGACACUAUCCAUGUGAUACUUUGGCUCAUUAGCUAGAUUUACCUUUUCUGUUCUAGUGUGCCAUACAAGAACCUGAAAAGAGUUGGAUAAAAGAAAAAUAAUAUUAGUUCUGGGUUACUUCAAAAAGACAGGUUCCUGUAGUAAAAUAAGGAAAGUAAUACCUUUGUGCAGUUGCUGGCUUUGGGCUCCAGUUCUUCCAUUGUAGUAAUCUGUCUCAGAAAAUCAGAUUCCUGCAUUCCAGGUUGUGACCCAUGGCGUCUGAAUACAGCUUUAGGGUUGGAUAAAAUCACCUGAAGGCUUACAGCAAACCCUUUGUAAAUCAAAUUUUAUACAAUUAAAACCAGUUAUAAACGUGUCAUACAUUUUAAAUUUAGCUUUCAACUUUUUUUGGUGGGUGGGGUGACAACAUGCAUUUUUCAGACAAAUACAAGGGGUUAUGCAGUGGCCUAUAGUUUCACUUUCAUGGUUGCCUCAUGUAAUUUAUGCAGCUCAUUUGUCAUGCUAACAAAGCCACUUGGUCUUAACUCUGAAAAGUUAACUAUGCUCCUCUAUAUCUAUUUAAUUCCUUAUAUGUUUUGUUAGAAUGUAAACAGUGGCAUUUAAUGUAAUUAACUGGAGUUUAUAUAUGAUGAAUAACCUGUCUGGUAGGAAAAGGUGAAUUUUAAAAAGAACAAAUCAGCCAACAGCCCUUGUCCACCUUUGUAAUUAAUUGGAAAUUAAAAUCUGAAGUGAAUGUAAUUGUUAAUUAGAAAGCAAAAUAAAACUGAAUUAAACAAUU